AACGUACAGUGCUCCCGGAUACGGGGCGGAGCUUGCCUGGGGCGGCGGAGCCCGGUCAUGGCCCGCCCCGCCUCUGUGAGUCAUCCUUCCCGGACGCGGCUCCGGUUUGGCUCCUCAUGUGGUGGCGGCACUUCUUAUGCGCUGCAGUUUCAGUUAUGAAAGGACCAAGGCCAGUGGUGUUGAGCGGCCCGUCAGGUGCAGGAAAAAGCACUUUAUUGAAGAAACUUCUCAAAGAUUAUGACAAAGUCUUUGGCUUCAGCGUCUCCCAUACUACAAGACAACCACGACCUGGGGAAGUCAAUGGAAAAGAUUACCACUUUGUGACCAGGGAAGAGAUGCAGAAAGAGAUCGACAUGGGAGAAUUCGUGGAGCACGCGGAGUUUUCGGGCAAUAUUUACGGAACGAGCAAAGCCGCCAUCCAGGCUGUCCAAGCUCAGAACCAGAUCUGCAUCCUAGAUAUUGACCUCCAAGGAGUGAGGAACAUCAAGAAGACUGACCUGAAUCCCAUUUACAUCUCUGUUCAAGUCCCCUCCAUAGAGAUAUUGGAGCAACGGUUAAGGGAGAGACAGACGGAGACGGAAGAAAGCUUACAGAAGCGGCUGCAAGCGGCUGCCACUGACAUGGAACUCAGCAAGGAGGCUGGCCUUUUUGACAUGAUCAUCAUCAAUGAUGACUUGGAAGAAGCUUAUACGAAACUGAAAAACAUUCUGGCCGAGGAGAUCGAGAAAGUGCAGGAAUCGAAGAAAACAUGAAAUCUCCUGGAGAUCCAACCGAGAUCCAACCAAGCUUUGGAGUCAUUCCUUGAUGUGUUUUGUUGUGAUUAUUAUUGUGCUGUGUUUGAGAAAAACACUCGUAAACCCACCCAAAUGUAUAAAUACUCGUACAUUCCUUUUUAGCUCGCUUCUCCUGUGAAAUCCUUCUUCGACACUUUCUAUUAAAGCGGGCAAAGUUCCCUUCCGGUUA